AUGCGCCGUCUGAAGCCUUUUCUGUAUUACGAGGCCGACGAGACCGGUGAAGAUGAAGAACUUCUGGAUGAGCAUCGCGCACGGGAGACGGCACUGUGCAAUGCCGAGAAUGGCAUCCUCGCUGUCCUGGGAAUGGUUGAUCCAUCCGACAUUCCACCAUAUCCGAACUCACGAGACACCGCAAGAGCCAUAGGUCGUCAUGCGAGGCAUCUUCAGGAGGCAGAGAAUGAUAUGGGACUCUUUCUAAGUUUGUCGACAAUGAGCAUGUCGUAUCUGAUGAUGUGUCCAUUGGAUACAUUGCGAACGAGACUCCUAACCUUCAAAUUGACGGACUCUAAAUGGUACAUCACUCAAAUCAUUCAACAAGCCUGGGAAACAGGCACCUUCAAACAGCUCUACGCCGGUGUUCCCGCAUUGUUCACGCUACAAGCUCUUUACGUUGGCACUUCGCAACUCGAGAAAUACGUCGUAGCAUGGAUACUUCGAAAGUUGAGGUGUCGAAGAUCAAAUUUAGCUUGGAAAUCCCUACCAAAGCUGCUCGGGCCGGUCGUCAAGAUUCGCGGGAUGGAGCUCUGUCUGUCAUCAAUCUCCUGGCUCGCCCUCUACCCCAUCUACCGCCACGCAACCCUCCAAUCCCUCGGCCUCAUACCCCUCCGUCCCGUCCUCCCACCCCUCUCCUCCUUCAACCCCCGCACCUUCGUCCUCAAAUCCUUCAUACUUUCCCUCGCUGGUCUACACCUCCAUGAUAUUAUCUCUGAGAAAACAACCAGAUGGAUAAGAACAAGGAUACCGAAGCCGAACCGGAAUACGGUGUUGGCGACGCAUUAUCCUGAUGCUGUACUUCACGAGGUCACUGGGUUGAUAGCGAAUAUGGGGUUCGCGGUGGCAUGUGGCACGGUUAUCGACAGAACGCUCGCAUUGGAGCACCUUGCCACUCGUCCACUAAAUGUAGCAUUGGGAUUACAGCCGUUUGGCAUGAUGGGAAUCAAUAGCACCGCACAAUUGAGGCCGGCCGGCAAAAUGGGCCUGGAAGAAUGGAAGAUGCUAUUAACACAGAGUUUGCCGUUGGAGGUCCUCAUGAGGUGGUGCUACAGUCAGGUCAACUAUGUCUUCUCGACGGUAGUUUCGCGGGGAUAUUUCAACAAGGGGUGA